AUGUCAUUUUUAUAUAGUGGAGGCCAAAGUCAAAAACUGGAAAAUAAAGAAGAAUCAAAUAUUACAAAUAAAAACAAUACACCACUUGCAUAUAAAAUAGAUAAUCCUGAAUUAUCUAAAAUUUUAAUUAAUCAAAUUUCAAUAUUAAUUACUACUGUUACUUUAUCAUCUAUAGAAUCUCAUUUUUUACAAAUUCAUUUCAUUUUAAGUAAACAAACCAAGAAUCCAAUUAUAAUUAAUAAUUAUUACGAAAAAUUAGUUAAUUGUAUAAGACUUAGUAACUUUAAAUCAAAAGAAUUAAAUCCAAUUGAAGAAUUAAUUAAUAAAGAAUUAAUUCAAAUAGAUAUAGAUUUACAAUAUUGUGAUUUAUUCUUUACACAUCUUGAUAAAUUAAAUUUUGAAAAAAUUAAUAUCCUUGAAUUUAUUGAAAAAUUUAAAGUCAAACUUAUAUUAUCAUUUAUUUUAGUUGUCAGAUAUCAAAAUAAAUCAAAUUCUGAACAAGUUAAAUCAUAUAUUAAAGAUAAAUCAACGGAUUUAAUUAAUUUAAUUUCAACAAACAAAUUCCCAACAAAUUAUAAUUGGAAUUUAUUAUUAGAUUAUAUUUUGAAUAAACCUUACUUCCCAUUUUUUGGAAAAUUAUUAACUUUAAAUUCAAUAAAAGCCUUUAAACUUUCAUUAACACCAAUUGAUAAAUUUUAUCAAAACUUGUUAAAUAUGUCUUUUAAACAUUUUAUUAAUGAAAUUGGGUUUGAAAAUAUAAUACCUGAAAAAUUAUUAUCUAAUCUUGUACAGUUAAAACCUGAAGAAAUUGAUUCAAGUAUUGCUUUAGUAUUAUCUGAAAUUUUAAUACCUGGUUCACAAGGUAUUGUUCAUUCUUAUCAAUCUCAAUUAAGUUUACCUGAAGCUAAUGCAAAAGGAGCACAAUUAAAAUCUUCAUUUAUUGCAAUAGAACAACAAGCAAGAUUAAAUAUAAAUUGGUAUGAAGUUUUUAAUCAUGUACAUCAAAAUUUAUUUGAAUCAAGUAAAAGAAAUAUUCAACCAUCAGUAGCAAGUGUUAUACAAUUUUUAUCUUCAUUAGAUUUUAAACAAGGACCAUUGGAUAUUUUUUUAAAUUAUGAUUGGUGGUUUGAUAAAACCUUGUUGUAUAUUUUACAAUCAUCAGAUGGAUCACAAGGAAGUUAUGAUAUUUCAUUACUGCAAAAUUUAGCUCUUUGUUUUGAAGAAGAUAAAUCAACAUUAGCAUCAAUACCACCACCACAGCAAUCUCGUAGAAAUAUUUUAAAAUUUAUAAAUAUUGGUAAAUUAGAAUUACUGGUUAUAAAUAAAAUUCAAACACAAGAAAAUCAACAUCAACAAUUAACUGAUCAAGAUCGUAAAUUAAAUUCAUUUUUAAAUCAAAUAUUUGAACAUGAUUAUAGAGUAUUUCCAGAAUAUAUCUUGGCAGCUGCAUUAUCAAUGGUUGAAAAAUCACAAUUUGUUAAAGAUUUAAUUGAUACUUUAUUUUAUCUUUUAAUGGAUAGUGAAUCAAUUGCAUUACCUAAAAUUUUAAAAAUUUUACAAGAAAAUGGACAAUCUUCAAAUAAAAUUAUUGAAUAUUUUAAAAAUAGAAAUAACAUUGAAGCAGCUCAUAAAGUUGUGAUCAUAGCAUUAAAAAAUAAUAUCUUGCAAGAUAUUUUACAAAAAUUAUGGAAUAUAGAUUUAAAAUUUGCUCUUAAACUAUUGGUUGAAUCAAGUUUUUAUGAUUUUGAUUAUAAAAAGGAAUUGGAAUUAAAAUUUAAAGAUCCACAAUUGAAGAGUUUAGUUUAUCAAAAUUUACUUGAAGUAUUGAAUGAAAGAGCACAAAAGGAUUAUGAAACGAGUCAACAACAUCAACAACAACAACAACAACAGCAACAACCACCUCAACCUAAUCCAGUGACUUUUCCCGUUUUAAAAAUCCAAACUUCAUAUUAUUUACUAGAAGUCUUAAAAAGCAGUAAUGGAUUAGUAGAUUUAGAAAAAUUAAAAAACUUACAAAUUUUAUUAUUAACAACAUAUCCAAGAUUAAUAAAUUUUGGUAAUGGAUCAGAUGAAAUAAUUUUACAAAAUGAAUCAAAAUCUCCUUUUUUCCCAAUUGAAGUUGAAAUUGAAAUGAAAGAUUAUUAUUCCAAGAUGUAUAGUAAAGCAAUAGAUAUUCCUGAAAUUAUUGAUAUAUUAAUUAAAAUGAAAUCAAGUAAUGAUCCUCAUCAACAAGAUGUUUUUGCAUGUAUGAUUCAUUCAUUAUUAGAUGAAUAUAAAUUUUUUGCAGAAUAUCCUUUAGCUGCAUUAGCUUCAACUUCUUUAUUAUUUGGUGCAUUAUUAGAAAAUGAUUUAAUUCAUGGAACAACUUUAACUGUUGCAUUAAAUUUUAUUUGGGAAUCAUGUAAUCAACCUCCAGAAUCUAAAUUAUUUAAAUUUGCUGUUCAAUCAUUAUAUAAUUUCAAAUCAAAAUUACAUGAAUAUCCAAUUUAUUGUAAACAUUUAUUAGAAUGUAGAUCAUUAUCUACUCAUUCAAAAAUGUAUCAAAUUGUAAAAGAUGCUGCUAAUGGUAUUGCUUGUGGUAAAACUGGAACAACAACUCAAGUUUCAACUCCUGAUAUUGGUCAUAAAUAUCAAUCUAUAAAUUAUGUUGAACAUACAAUUGGUUCUAUAAAACAAGAGCAACCAGAUGAAGAAGUUAAAGAUAAAUUAUUAUUCCUUGUAAAUAAUAUGACUUCAGAAAAUUUAAGACUUGUUGAAUUUCAAGAAUAUUUAAAAGAACAAUAUUUUUCAUGGUUUGCUGAUUAUUUAGUUGGUGAUAGAGCUAAACAAGAACCAAAUAAUCAUUCAUUGUAUGCUGACUUAGUUAAAUCUUUUAAAAAUGCCAUAUUCACCGAAUAUGUAAUGAAUACUACAAUAAGAGAAGUAAUUGAGAGUAUUAAAUUAAGUAAUGAUAAUAAAAGACAUAAUUUAAAAAAUUUAGGUGCUUGGUUAGGUAUGAUAACUUUAGCAAAUGAUAAACCUUUGAAACGAAAUUUAAUUGCAAUUAAAUUUUUAUUAGUUGAAUCUUUUGAUUUUAAAUCAUUACCAUUAAUAUUACCAUUUGUUUGUAAAAUUUUAUCACAAGCUCAAUAUUCAAAAGUUUUUAAACCACCAAAUCCUUGGGUAUUGGGUAUUUUAGAAGUCUUGGUUGAAUUAUAUCAUAAUGCUGAUUUAAAAUUACAAUUAAAAUUUGAAAUUGAAGUAUUAUUUAAUUCAUUAAAUUUAAAAAUUAAAAAUUUUAAUCAAAGUUCAAUUAUAAGAGAUCAUAAUCCAGAUCCAACUAAUUUAGCUAUAAAAUUUGGAGUUUUACCUCAACCAGGUAAUAAUUUAACAAAUGGUUUUUCAAGAUUAAGUUUAGAUUCUUCUUCUCAACAACCUUUAAGUGGAGAUUUACCUUUCUUUCAACAAGGUGGUGAAAAACAAUUUCAACAACAACAACUUCAACACCCAAUGUUACAACAGCCGCAAGCCAACCCUAUCCAACUUCAGCAACAACAACAACAACAACCGCAACCACAGCAAUCUCAACCGCAACAAUCACAACCUCAACAAUUACCACAACAACAACCACAACCUCAACAACAACCUCAAGCAGAACCCGGUUUGGAUACAAGUUUCAGUGCUCUUGCAGGUAAUUCGAUAUUCACACAACAUGCUAAUUUAAGAAGAGCAUUUCAAGCUUCAUUAUCUAGAGCAGUUCGUGAAUGUGCUAUACCAAUAAUGAAUAGAGUUUCAGAAGCAGUUUUAAUCACCACAGAAUUUCUAAUUAAAAAAGAUUUUGCAACUGAAAGAGAUGUUGAUAAAAUUAGAAAAAGUUAUCAUAAAUUAGCUCAACAAUUAUCUCAUAGUAUGGUUUUAUGUAGUGGUAAAAAAUUAUUAUCUGAAACUAUUGAAGCUACAAUGUUACAAUUAUUGGGUAAUAAUCCAAAUGAAAUUCCAAUGAUUGAAUUAAGUAAUGCUAUUCAAGCUAAUGUUGGAUUAUGUGUUGAUAUUGUUGAUAAAAUUGCUUCAACAAAUAUUUCAGAUUUAAUUGAAGAAAAAAUGAAACCAUAUAUUUUAAAACGUGAACGUAAUAGAUUAGAUGAAACAUUUAUUGAAGAAGGAACUCCUGAAUAUUCAUUAAGAUUACCUGAACCAUUAGGAUUAAGUCCAAAGGGAUUAAGUGCUCAACAACUCAAAAUUUAUCAACAAUUUGGUGAACUUAGAGGUGAUCAAUUAACUCAACGUUUAGGACCUGGUGUUGCUCCUCCACCAGGAGUUGCUACAAAUUUAGUACAACCACAACCACAACAACCUCAAUUACAUACUCAACCAUCAUUAACUCAACCAUUACCAACUCAACAACAACAACCCCAACCUCAACCUCAAACCCAACAGCAACAACUUGCUCAUGAUUUCCCAGUACAACAACCUCCUACACAUUUAAUACAAGAAGAUGUUAUAUCUCAAGAACAUUUAUUUACUGCCAUUACCCAGCUUUGUGAAAAGGCAAUUCAAAUGGUUUCAGAAGUUCCAGAAAAUAAAUUAUCUGAUUUACCACCAAAUCAUCCAAUAAUGGCUACAUUAACUCAAGCAUUAGCAAUAGCUCAACAAAAUGCUUUAAAAUAUCCAGAUUUAUUAUUAAAAGCAGCUCAAUAUGCUGUAAAUUGUUUAUUUACUCAAAUUCAUGAUAAUCCAAUGACUAAUGAAGUUUAUGUUGUUAUAUUAGAUAAAUUAUGUGAUUAUUCUCCAUCAACUGCAAAAGAUGUUACUUGGUGGUUAGUUCAUUCAUCAGAUCAAAGAAAAUUUAAUAUGCCUGUUAUUUUAUCUUUAUUAAAAGUUCAAUUAAUUCAACCAAUAAAAUUAGAUGCUUCAUUAGGUAAAUUAAUUAAAGAAUCUUUUAAUCCAUCAGUUAUUAAAUUUAGUUCAAGUUUAUUAUUAAAUAUUUUUAAAUCUGAUGAUACAACUCGUCCAAUUGCUUUAAGAUCUGAAUUUGCAAAUACUUUAGAUGCAUUAUAUGAUUUUAAAAAUAAAGAACAAUUUACAACAGAAGAAAAUGAAGCAAAAGAAGAAACUGAUAAAUUAUUCGAUGCUUUAAGUGUUUCUCCUAAUUCUUUAACUUCAUUAUCAUCAAAUGAAUUAUUUUCUCAAUUAGGUUAUGUUUUUGCAGAAUGGGUUAGAUUAUUAACUCAUGGAAAUGAAGAUACUAAAAUAGCUCAAGAUAAAUUUGUUGCUGAAUUAAUUGAUUCUGGUAUUUUAACUAAUCCAGAAUAUUUUAGAACAUUUUGGAAAGCAGCUAUUGAAAUAUCUACAAUUUUAUUUACUACAGAACAUGAAUUAAGAAGUAGGACUCAACAUGAAGCUUAUUUAUCAGUUGAUAGUUUAGCUAUAUUAGCAAUUAAAAUUGUAUUAUGUAUUGAAUCUAAUGAUCAAGCUAUUCAAUAUUUGAAAAAAAUUGUAUCAGUUGUUUUAUUAAGUUUAAUUAAUGAACAUGAAGAUGCUAAGUCAACAUGGAAUGAAAGAGCAUAUUUUAGAUUUUUUUCAUCAUUAUUAUCUACAUGGAGUGAUGCUUCAAUUUUAGAUGAAGAUGCUACAAAAUCACUUGAUGUUGAAUUUUAUGAAUUUAUGGGACAAAUUUUUAAUUCUUUACAACCUUUAGUUUUCCCAGGUUUUACAUUUGCUUGGAUUUCAUUAAUUAGUCAUAGAAUGUUUUUACCUAAAAUAUUAGAAUUACAGGAAAAAGUUGGAUAUGGAAUAGCUGUUAAAUUAUUAUCAUCAUUAUUAAAAUUUCAACAAACUUAUCAAAGUAGGAAUAAUAAUGCAGAAGUUUUAAAUGUUGUAUAUAAAGCAAUUAAUAGAAUUUUUGUUGGUUUAUUACAUGAUUAUCCUGAAUUUUUAGUUGAAUGUCAUUAUCAAUUAGUAACUGCAAUACCAAGAAGUUAUAUUCAAUUAAAAAAUAUAGUAUUAUCAGCUACUCCAAAAUCAAUUGUUGUACCUGAUCCAUUUACUCAAGGUUUAAAAGUUGAAAGAUUACCAGAAAUAAACGAUGCUCCAUCAAUUUAUUACAAACCAAUAGAAGAUUUAUCAAAAAUUGGAUUGAAAAAACCAGUUGAAAAUUUUUUAAGAAUUCCAUCACCAAAUUUAAUGAAAUCUAUUUAUAAUGGAUUAAAAUUAAAUAAUCCUAAAAAUACUGAUGAAUUUGGUUAUUCGGAGGUAAUAAAUUUCAAUACAAAAUUAAUUAAUGCAUUAGUUUUACAUGUUGGAAUGAAUGUAGUUGCAGAUAGAUCACCAAAUAAUAGAGGUUUCAAUACAAAAACAUCACAAGUUGCAUUAUUAGUUGAUUUAAUGAAUAAUGGAAGUAAUGAAUUUAAAUAUAUUAUGAUUAAUAGUAUAGCAAAUCAAUUAAGAUAUCCAAAUAGUCAUACUCAUUGGUUUAUUGGAAUAAUGUUACAUUUUUUUAGUUCAAAUUCAAUUUGGAAUAAUACUGGUUCAAAUAAUACAAAAUUAAUAAUUCAAGAAAUUAUAACUAGAGUAUUAUUAGAAAGAAGAAUUGUAAAUAAACCACAUCCUUGGGGUUUAACUAUAUUAUUUACAGAAUUAGUUAAAAAUGAAAGUUAUGGAUUUUUUGAAUUACCAUUUGUUAAAAAUGCAAUGGAUGAAAUAAGUGUUAUUUUUGAUACACUUUCUACAAAUGUUAAAGGAUCGAGUUAG